CUGGCAGUAGCGCAGGCUUUCUCGUGUAAGAGACAAAGAGUUUUACAGCAGCCUCAAGACCACUGUCACAGACCAUAACAUUAUUUAUAGAUACACCUCCAGUUGCAGUUGAUAAGACACAGAUACAACUUGAGAGACAAGAUGUCAUUUUUUGUUUUGUUGACUGUCUUCAUUGCUGUUGUAGCAGCUAACGAAUGUGAUAAAAAUGCGUUUGUGACCAAUCCCUUAAGUAUGGAGGCUCGUCUUGGAGAUUUUGUGAAUUUCACUUGUGAUAUAAGUACAGAUACAUUUUUGCAUCGGACCUUCAGGCAUUACAUGAUAAAUGGAGUCCCCCGCGAUUUCAACACUUUCUCUGAUGGAAAUGAUAUGUAUUAUAGACGAGCUAUAGGUGGUAAUGGUAGUGUGGUUAACACUCUCUUAAUUGAAGGAGUACAGCCGUACCAUGCUGGACAAUAUCAGUGCUUUGCUACCUCUGAUGGAACUAAUUGCAUUCGGUUUUUUUCCGCAAAAGCUACCUUAAGUAUAAUCGGUGAGCCUGUUAUCGAUUCUCCCACGGCGGAGUUUAGUGGUUUUACUCUGGCAAACCUCAGUGUUAUCCUCACUAUAACUGGUACCACCCCUACCGUGCAAGUGUACAGGGAGGGAGUCCUAAUCGACAACCCUAGAGUGAAGAUAUGCUUUGCUAAUACACAGUUUGAGAUGAUCAUCAGUGACCUGCAACGGUCAGAUGCUGGACAAUACAGAAUUGUGGCCACUAAUCAUUUCGAUAUGGCGGAAACUACUAUCACAGUUGUACCAAUUGGUCCUGAUCGUCCUGUGGUGGACCUAAUGGACGCGCAGGUGUCUGCCUAUGGGACAGCUGCCACUCUCACCUGCUCCAUUCAGACUGAGGCACAAGAAGAUUUUGUGGAAUUUUUCUGGAGAGAUACACAGAAUCGUGUCAUCACUUCAAACAACAAAUUCAGCAUCUCAUCUGACGCAAUGUCCAGUACACUGACUAUCAAUUCUUUCACAAGCAACUUCACUGGAGGGUACACCUGUGUGGCCAACAACUCUCGUGGCACUGCCUCCAAACUUAUCAUGCUCUUUGGCCCACCAGCUCUUGUUACAAAUAUUCUUAUAUUUGGAACUAGUAGUAGUCGUCAGAGAACAGUCACUUGGCAACAGCCCGGCAACUCAAUGGAGCCCAUUCAGAAGCACUUGAUCUUGAUAUACAGAGAGGGUGAGGAUGUAGCAGAUAUGCGUAGAGAGGAAAACAGUUCCUCCCUCACUGCCGAUGGGGUGAUGUACUCUUAUUACCUGACCGACCUCAACCCUGGAAGCUUUGAGCUCACUGUCACUCCCAUAUCUGUAGUCGGAGAUAACACCGUGCUGGGGCCGGAGAGUGCAAGGAAAAUGUUUUCUGUUGGUGUGUCCAACUCGGUGAUAAUUAGCGUCAUCGUUAUCGUGGUUGUGGCUGCUCUUGCUCUACUGGCGAUAGUGUGCUGUGUGUGUAUUAGAAGGUCGAAACAAAACAAACUAGAAAUGCCAAUAACAUCUACUAUAAGACUAAGGAAGCUGUCUGAUCGAAGUACUCUUAUGGAUUAUCAAAUGGGAGAGAUUGUGAAGAAUGUUCCAGAAUCAAUGAGAAUUCCUAGAUCCAAUCUGAAACUGCAAGAUGCAGUCGGUCAAGGAGCCUUUGGGAUUGUUUACAAAGGACUACUAAUGGACUGGAACAAUGUUGCCAUAAGAGUCGUGGCUUUGAAGACACUAAAAGGUCUGUUCACUCCGAAUGACGUACAGAGCAUGGUGAGGGAGAUCACUAAGAUGCAAGAGUUCCACCACCCUCACGUCAUGCCUCUUAUUGGGGCAUGUCUAGAUGCUGGAUCCGGUAUUUCCAUGGUGAUGCCAUAUAUGACCAACGGGAGUCUACUAAACUACUUGAAGAAAGAGAGGUGCAAUUUAGAUUUGACAGAGAGAGAGGAUUCUGACGAGGUAUUUUCUGUCAGGAAGUUAUUGUUGAAGAUGUGUCAUCAGAUUGCUCUUGGAAUGGCAUAUCUUGCACAGCACAAGUUUGUCCAUCGAGAUCUGGCUUCCAGGAACUGCAUGUUGGAUUCAAAUGGUGACCUCAAAGUGGGUGAUUUUGGUCUUGCUGAGGAUGUGUACAGUACUGGGUACUUCAGACAAAUUGAUUCUGAGAGGGUCAAACUGCCGUAUAAAUGGUUGGCACUGGAGAGUUUAAACGAUGCCAUCUUCAACGAGAAGACGGACGUAUGGUCAUAUGGUGUGACCAUGUGGGAGGUAUUCAGUGGCGGCCGAACCCCCUACCCUGGAGUGGACCCAAUGUCUCUAGUGGCUCUACUCAGAGAGGGCAGGAGAUUGGAACCUCCCCAGAAUACUGCUUGUUCUACAGAAAUGGUCUCAUUAAUGGCUAGAUGUUGGUACGAGAAGUCUGAAGAGAGGCCAUCAUUCGAUGAGCUAGCAGCUGAGUUGGAGAGAGCUCUGACCAUCAUGGUCGGCUACGUGGAACUAAACAUGGAGCUAAAAGUUGCCAUCCCCGAGGAGGAACUCAAGUAUGACUACGUCCUCUCACCUGAAGGGCAGAUGAAUCUUGCCAAGGCUUCCACUGAUGAGGUUGCCAUGGAUACAAAUGGUGCAUAUGGGUUACGAGUCAUAGAUCAGUUACCAACUGAAGAAGUGGAACUUGUGGAGACCAUUGUCACUUAUGAAAUAAGAAAAGAUCUUGAACUGAAUAUGGAGCUAGUUUCUAUAACUGAGGAUGAACCCAUGCAGUAAACAAUAAUUAAAGGUGCAAUAGCUACAAACUAUAGGAUUGGCCAGUGGUUUACUAUAUAAUUAUAUAUGAUAGAGCAAUUUAAACUAAUAUUCAAACUGUCACAACUCA